UAGCUAACUUCUUCCCCCUCCUUUGUCGCUCUCAUCUCACAGACCGCCGUUUUAACCUUUUUCGAGUUUUGCCUACUGUUUUGUUUCUCACACAACUCCACCAGUUCAGUUGAGAAACGGGUAAACAGAAUUAUAAAAAAACAAGAGAUUGGUCAGGAUUAAGACUAGAAGAAGGCAUCUAGAAGCCGCAAAUUCAUCUCCCACUCCUCAUUGAAACCCUAAAACUUCGGAACAGAUGACUACCAAAGGAGAAAAGAGGAUAGUGAGCGAAGAAGACAAGAUAUUCGCCAAGAAUUUCAACAUAAUGGAUCACCCCGACAUCCCUACCGGACUUCCUCCGCAUCUGCAACUCCAGCGAACUCGUGUCCUCUGUAAAAACGACGCUCCUAUUCAUACGGCGAGUGUCACUUACUCGGGUGCCUAUAACGCCGUGGGAGUGGACAACAGUGUGAAACUUGAAAACUUCUCUGAGAAUUUCAAAGUUGAUGUCAUCCAACUUUCAAAAGAUGGCAUGGAAUUGACAUUUGAUAUGAUCGGUAUAGAUGCAGCAAUCGCCAAUGCCUUCCGAAGGAUCCUUCUAGCUGAGUUUCCUACGAUGGCUUUUGAAAAAGUGUUUAUAGCAAACAACACAUCUAUUGUUCAAGAUGAAGUUCUUGCUCAGAGGAUGGGUCUUGUUCCCAUUGCUGCAGACCCCAAGCUCUUCGAGUACUUAUCUGAGAACGACCAGCCAAAUGAAAAGAACACCAUUGUCUUCAAACUCCAUGCGAAAUGCGCAAAAGGUGAAGGACGUAAGAAAGUUUUAACGAAGGAACUGAUUUGGUUACCAAAGGGGAGUGAGUUGGUUAAAGAAUCAGGAGAUUCGAACUCUAAGCCUAAAACUUACACUUCCUUCAGCCGCAGCCAAAAAGAGUCCUUCCCUGAAUUCGCUGAUAAUCCUAUCUCUCCGAGCUACCCUGACAUACUGAUCGCAAAGCUCGGCCCUGGUCAGGAGAUUGAGCUGGAGGCUCAUGCGGUUAAGGGCAUUGGUAAAACACAUGCAAAGUGGUCACCGGUAGCCACGGCUUGGUAUCGAAUGCUUCCUGAGGUUAUUCUACUAGGGGAAGUUGAGGAUGAAGAUGCUGAACGACUUGUAAAAGCCUGCCCGGAGAAUGUUUUUGACAUUGAAGACAUGGGCAAUGGUAGGAAGAGGGCAACAGUAGCACGGCCACGUGAUUGCACGUUGUGUAGGCAAUGCGUGAGGCCAAAUUAUGGAGAGGAAGUAAACAAAGGAGUAGAAGAAAAAGAAUGGAUAGAGAAUGUGUCUCUUCGACGUGUCAAGAACCAUUUUAUAUUUAAGAUUGAGUCUACUGGAUCAUUGCCUCCGGAUGUUCUCUUCACUGAAGCUGUCAAGAUAUUGGAAGAUAAAUGUGAACGUGUUAUCGCUAACCUCUCCUGAAAGAAGUUUGAUUGGUUUAGUACUUUAGUUCUCUACUGGCAUGGUUCCGGUUUAGUUCGGUUUUGGGUUUUGCAUCAAAUCAUCUCCUUGAUUUCAAUACUAAGAACAUUGAAAUGUUCAUGUUGCAUCAGUUCGUUUGAGUUCAAAUUGAAAUUCAGUCAUCUUGAUUCUAACUAGGUUCACCAAAUUGAAACUUUGUUUUGGGUUUGUUUGGUUUUCUACGAGCUUAUGUAGAAUUGAACCGUUAAAUUCAGAACGAUAUAAAUUUCUUGCUCCAACUUGUAGAACAGAGAUUAAAGAGAAAUACUGAUUAUAUUUAAUAUGAUAAGCUUUUACAAGUUUUGAGAGAAAUUGUACACUCCAUGAACAUGAUUUGAUCAAGCCUGUCAUGGCAUAACAGGACAAACUUGUCUAAACCACUGGCUCAUAAUCUUGGCAAGAGAAGAUCCAUCUGGGGAUGAAACAAGUCCUAUACAUUAAGUUAUUUACAGGUGUCUCAUUACCCUUUUCCCUUCAGUUCGAUUGAGAGAAUUGAAACGAAGACGCAGAAGAACCAACCAUACCUAUCUCAUGAGAUGGAUUCACGAAGCACGGCUUGCAAUACACUGAGAUAAAACUAAACGAUGACGUAUAAGGCAUUAAUGCGUUGAGUUUAAAUACGGCGUAGUAUUGGAUAUGUGAAGUUAUUUAUUUCCUCCCACAUCGCUGGUUUACAAGCAAGCCGUAAUGUUUAUAUAGCGAAGAGAAGAAGAUGUAGGUCACGACCUUACUUGAACAGGAUCUGUUCUAUAGGCUCGUACCUCUGUAUCCUUGAUUUCUAAGGAGACAGGCCCCUAAACCUGGUUGAUGAAUCAUACCCGUGCGAUCUGAGUGUGAUUAACGGCUACGACUGUCCUCGGACUCUCCGCACUGUAGAGGAUCGCUAUCCGGCUUGGUCUGACCUCUCCGGAGUGGUUGCAUGGCUGUCUGACAGGCCUCUUUUUU